GGUAUCUUGUCGGAAGGUAAACAAAGCAAAAAGAACCUUGAGUUCUGCUGCGGUCACAAGUAGUACCACUUUUCAAGAACUAUUACCACUUCUAGUAGUAUUACUGCUGAAAGACUACUUGGAUUCCUGGGUGUUAUCCACGCCCACUCCCUCGGACAGGAAGUCUCGUGCGUAACUCCAAGCAGCUCUAUUGAACUCAGUCUUUGGUUUCUAGAAAUUCCUGUUUUUGGAAGGAAACACCACAGCCAGUCCAUUCUGGCACCAUAACUUAGAAAGGGCAAGGUUGGUGUUUGCUGGUGAACACAAUGUUGAGUCUGAACCUACUAAAGGAAGAGAUAGCAGCCAAGAAACGCUCGCUGGAGGAGAGCAACUUGGUGGAGGGUGACAAGAAGUUCUUCAGACGUGGUGACCUUGUUGCACAACAGACAGAAGCCUAUUGGGAGCGUUGUGGCAACCGGCCAGGCAGCAGUGCUCCUGGCCAGCAGGUGUCAGAUGGUAAUGGCGGUGAUGGGAAUGCCUCCUCAGCCCAGGACACUGUUAAUGAUGAGGACGAUGCGCCAGAGUUGCCCAGACAGGAGGUGGUGCGGCGGCUGAGGGAACGUGAGGAGCCUGUGCUGCUGUUUGGGGAAAGUGAACAUGAUGCAUUCCGUCGGCUGCGUCGGCUGGAGAUCCUGGAGCCAGAGGUGAACCGUGGGCUGAGGAAUGACUUCCAGGAGGCUCUAGAGCGUGUGGACCAGGCAUACCUGAAUGAGAUCCUGAAGACUGAGGGAGGGGAGGCAGCACGCAAUGUAGCACUGACAGGUGAAAAUAUCACCAUGGCGAGUGUAAUAGAAAUGGCCAAGGACCUACAAGGUACAGCAGCAACAAAUGAGCUGCGCUGCAAAGUGAUCAUGAAGUUUGCUCAGUUGAUCUUGCAGAUGUGGGGCAGUCGACACAACGCUCGUCCCGAGGGAGAGAAGAUGAGUGUUCGUGGUAAGAUGGACUCAGCCACUUACAAUCAGACUCAAGCGUACCUCCGCCCACUCUUCAAGUGUCUCCGCAAACGUUCUCUACCAGAUGACAUCAUGGAGUGCCUUAUUGAGAUUGUACAGCACUGUCUGGACCGUGACUAUGUGAAAGCCAAUGAUGCAUACCUUCAGAUGGCCAUUGGCAAUGCUCCCUGGCCCAUUGGUGUGACCAUGGUGGGUAUCCAUGCACGUACUGGCCGGGAAAAGAUUUUCAGUAAGCAUGUGGCCCAUGUACUGAAUGAUGAGACACAGAGAAAGUAUAUCCAGGGCCUCAAGCGACUCAUGACCAAGUGCCAGCAAUACUUUCCAGCUGAUCCCUCUAAGUGUGUGGAGUACAAGGCUCUCUCCCAGUGACCCUUGUGCUGCCUCUUCCCUCUUGGCCAUGCUGGUGUGUCUGGUAUCCAGCUGGGCUCUACUUGGGAUUUUGUGUCCUGGUAGGCAGUGCAAGCCUUCAGUUCUUUGGUUUGCACAUUUUUUGUUAUGUUCACAUCAGUUAUCAGAGAUAAAUGUGUUGUUCUAUGCCAUCAUCAUAUUUAUCGUCAUUGUCGUUUCUUCCCACUUGUCAGAGAGAGAGAGAUGGAGAAUAUAUAUAUAUAUAUAUAUAUAUA